AUGCCUAGGGUUGCUGGAAGCUCAGGAAGCAAGAAACAAGGCAAGGCAAAGAAGGAUUUCAGCAAUGAAGAUGAUGCGUAUAACGCUCUAUUUGGUGGUGAGUUUGGGGCAUUAGAUAUUAGUAAUUAUACUAGUGGUGGCGGCAAUGGUAAGCAAGAUGAAACAGAGCAUCUGCCGAAUGCUAUUGAUUUUGAAGAUGAAGAUGAAUUGGCAGAUGAAGAAUUACCGGAGGAAGAAGAGCCAUCCCAUUCUCCGAACAGGCAUAAUGAAGGGUCGUUUCAGCGGAGUCUGACUGAAGACGACGAAUAUAUGACUCUGAUGGACCAUGGUGAUGUGAUGCAUGAAGUUGACGCUGCUGGAUUUGAAGUACAAGGUAAUAAUGCAUUGUUCAUGGAGAGCACAUAUCAGUCAUUUGGUCCAGAACAACACCAAUUUAACGAAUAUGAUGAGCAACACAGGAGGUUAAUGGAGGAACAGCGAAGGAAACAAGAGGAACAAAAUGCGAAGGAAGAACAGUUAUUAUUUCAGUCUUAUUUCCCUGAGCUAAAGCCGGGUAGAGUCCUAAGAAUGACCAAGAUAGCUCCAAAACCGUUGGCGAAGUAUCAAUGGCAAAGGGAGUUAUACCUUCGAAACAGAAUUUUAAAACCUCUCAUACCCAUUAAAGUGAAGUUUCAAGUUCAAAAGGAUACAAAAAAAUUGUUCAAGAUGAGGAGUAAAAGCGUAAAGCCUUGGCAAAGUGCUAUAAGCGAGUUCUCUGAAGUUCAACGAAGAAAUGUUAUCAAAGUAGCAUACGAUGAGAUAUAUAAAGAAGAUACUGUAGAUGACAAGAAAGAUGAGCACGAUGAAGUGAUACCGGAAGAUCUUCUCAUUGUAGCUGAUGAAUGGGAUUAUGAGAAAAUUGUUGACGAUAGAGAAAAUGAGGAGCCAAUGACGAGUAACAAGAGGAAUCCGCCAGCAGUUGAGAACACUUUAGAAGAAGAUGGGAAAGACUGGGAAUGGAACGAAGAUGAUAUCAUAAAUGGUAAGGUGAGUGCUAAAGAACCGCCAAUUGAUAUGAAUGAUGAGCGAUUACUUAUUUUGCCUAAUGAGAAUAAAAUCGAAUCGGCACAAAAGGUCGUUAAACCUCUAAUACCAUAUAAUGAGAAAUCUCUACUAGCAAAGUUCAACAUCUCUAACGAUGACACUUACAAGAUUUUGAAAAAGAACUAUCAAAAAAAGAUCAGAUCUACAAUUUCGAAUUUGAAUAUAGAACAUUCUCAACCGGCGACGCGCCUACAAUCUCCAUUCUACAAAGUUGUGUUACCAAAAGAUCAGUUGAGACACUUUCAUAGAAAUCAUUUCGGGAAACGGAUUCGUCCUGGUACCAACAUAGUGUUCAGUAAGAUAAAGACCCGUAAGAGAAAGAAGGAUAAAGGUAAGGAUGUGCACGAAAUUUUCCAACAUUCUGCGGACUUGACUGUUGGUGACAGUGCUCAAGUGUUCCUGAUGGAAUACAGUGAACAGCAACCUGUUGCGUUAUCUAAAUUUGGUAUGGCUAACAAGCUUAUCAAUUAUUAUAGAAAGACGGGAGAAACAGACAGCUCCAGACCAAAAUUACCCGUUGGUGAGACUCAUGUAUUAGGUGUGCAGGAUAAAUCACCAUUUUGGAAUUUUGGUUUCGUCAGUCCAGGAAACAUUGUUCCCACUUUAUAUAACAAUAUGGUCAGAGCCCCCGUUUUCAAACAUGAGGUCUCUAAGACCGAUUUCCUUCUGGUGAAAAGUCUUGGUAAUGGGUCCGGUAACAGAUUCUAUUUGCGUCAAAUUAAUCAUCUCUUUGCUGUCGGUCAAACGUUCCCAGUGGUCGAAGUUCCUGGUCCGAAUUCUAGAAAGGUUACUGCUAUGGGUAAGAACCGUUUGAGGAUGGUUGUGUAUCGUAUUUUGAACAAAUCUCCGGAAAACAGACUGUUAGUGAAACAGGUGGCUCGUCAUUUCCCAGAACAAAAUGAUAUGCAAAACAGACAAAGAUUAAAGGAAUUCAUGAAGUAUCAACGUGAAGGUGAUGAUCAAGGUUUCUGGAAACUAAAGGAGGGAGAAGUUUUACUGGAUAACGAAAACGUGAAGAAAAUGGUUACUCCUGAAGAUGUUUCACUCGUUGAAUCCAUGUAUUAUGGUCAACAGUUCCAGGAAGAUAUUGAUUUCUACAACUUCGAUGAAAGAGCUAAGGAGUUGGAGGAGAACUUAAUAUUUUGGAAUGCUACCAAGAAUUUCUUGAAUGCUACACAGAUGAGAGCAAUGAUUCAAAUACAUGGACCUGGUGAUCCUACUGGUUGUGGUGAAGGUUUUUCGUUUUUGAAAACCUCUAUGAAGGGUGGGUUUGUAAAAUCCGGUUCAAAGGAUCAACCGCAAAUUGCUGGUGGUCAUAGUUACAAUGUCGCGCAACAACAGAAAGCAUAUGAAGAAGAAAUAAGUAGGACGUGGUAUAACCAAGCCAAGUCUUUAAGCAUUCAAAAUCCCUUUGAAGAAAUGGAUGAUCCAGAUAUCGUUAAUGAAAGUAAUAAGCAUGUUCCCUCGACAAGACCUGACGAGAAAGUGUUACGGAUUACUAGAAAGAAGAGAGAUUCCAACGGUAUCAUUCAACGACAAACUGUUAUAGUCAGAGACCCUAGGGUCAUUCAAGGUUACUUACGUGCGUAUGAAAAGAGGCGUGAAGAGGCGGAGCGUAAUUUGGGUCUUGAUGAAUUGAUCAACGAUAACAUAACCAUUGUUGGCGGUGAGAACGAAGAGGAAAGGCAAUUGAAGCAAAAGAAACUAUUGGAAGAACAAUUGGCUAAAUUGGAAAAAUCUAAAGAAAGAAGACAAGCUCGUAAAGCUGCCAGAGAAAAGACUAAAGAUGGUAAGGUUUCCAAAUCCAAGAACACGACUCGUAGAUGUGCAACUUGUGGAGCUAUCGGUCAUAUCAGGACUAAUAAAUCCUGUCCGAUGUAUAAUGGUGGUGUUGCUGCCAAUGCAGCUGCGGCUCAAGGCAGUAAUGGCACAUCUACUAGUAAAGUUGGCACCGAAAGCUCAACCCCAAUUGCUCCUUCCACUCCAUCAGCAUCUGUUCCUGACCUAGGUGACAACUGA